AUGAAGUCAGAGCCUUUGCUUCCGGUCCUCCAACCGCCCAAAGAAAGCCUCGGCAUCUGGACGACGGAAUGUCGAAGCUUUACCAGGCGAUCCGACUGGCUGGCCAUCUUCUUGGGACCCGCAAUCUCUGUGCCUUUUGCUACCUGCUAUGCAGCGUUGGUCUGCAACGACGUUUCCAUGCAGGCGAAUUUUCCAGUCGUAUUGCAGCAGGUGAUGUGGACACAAAUGAUCGGAUCCAUCAUUGCACUCGUCAUUGGACAGUUCGUGACCACAACGAACUUGGAUCCACUGACUGCCAUCCUGUUUGGCCAGUUGGCCCGAAAGGUGGCCCGUUUCAAAACCGGAGAAGGAAGCCAGGAGAUGAUCCUCUGCAGCAUGAUGCUCCUUAUGCCGGUGAUCUCAUUUUGCCUGGGCAUCGUGUUGUACUUUGUGGGCAAGCUGAAGCUCGCCAUGAUGCUACGCUUCAUCCCCUACACAGUGGUCGGCGGGUUCUUGGCCGGUAGCGGCAUCUUGAUUCUGCAGGAGUCGCUGGCACUGGCCGGCGGCGAAGACCUAGGUGCCCUGAUCCGCCGUUCCUUCGCCAGCCCGAGCGAGGUAGCAGGGCCCUGGGCCCAGAUCGCCCUUUCCAUCGCUUUUUCUUCAGUCCUGGAGCAUGUAAGGGAAUGGCAUAUCUUCAGUACUCCUCUGGUCAUCGCCACGGCGGUGGGCUUGAGUGUCUUGGUCCAGCACACCUCGGGGGGCGCCUGGCCACCCAGGUCCUGGUUCUUGGAGUUCCCGGAUCCUGUUAGAUGGUGGGAGCCAUUCGAGCGACUUCGGGAUGGUUUCCACCAGAGCUAUUCAGCCUCCGGGCUGGCGGACCUCGAAUUCCUCGGCGGCUUCGUUGUGAUCAUGACGGUCUCCUGGAGCAUCAACACCUUAGCAGUGGCCAAGCUGGUUCCCUUGCGGCCAGGGUUGCAGCGCUGUGACGAACAGGAGGAGAUACGCACCCUGGGCCUGACAAACGUGCUGCUGGGCUCGAUGGGCGGCCUCUGCUCGAUGCAGUCCUUCAAGAUCCCGAUGAUGAUGCGGGGAGUCAAGUCGGGGCCCUCGUGGCCCUACUUCAACGUGGUUGUCAAUGUCCUGCUUUUUGCCGCUUCUCCGAGAAGCAUUGUCCAGACCGUGCCACGCUUCCUCUUUGCAGGCACGGUGGUGCGCCUGUCGUGCGACCUUAUCGGCGAAUGGCUUCUAGAGGCCAGGCGGCGUGUCGCAUGGGAGGAGUGGCUUGUUCUGGUCGCCACUGCGAUUGUGGUGGUAAUCAAUGUCACCCUGGGCAUCCUCUUUGGCCUCUUCUGCACUUUAGCGUGGUUUGCCAUCGAGUAUUCCGGCGUGGCGGGCAUCACUAACGAGAGCACCCUGAGUCAGAGCCGCUCAAGGGUGGAGAGAAGCGACGAGGAGCAUGCGAUGCUCAAGGAGAAGGGUGAUGGAACACUGGUGCUUUGGCUCAGCGGCUACCUCUUCUUCGGUUCCGCAUGCCAGGUCAUUGACGAAGUUCGGUGUAAAGUUCACGAAAGCGAAGUGUCCGUCGUGAUCCUCGACUUCUCCCACGUGCCGGCCAUCGAUGCCAGCGGCGUCUACGCCAUGGUGGACCUGGUGCAGGAGCUCCAGGAACCAAGACCGGUUCGACUGGCCUUCUGCGGCUUGGUACGCCGUUUGAAGAAUGCCCUGCAAUGUGCAGCGGAGCACGAGCAGGUGCCAGAGCUGGAAAUCUUCCACGAUCUGGAUAAGGCACUGCAAUCUUACGAGGACAAGAUCCUGCAGAACAUUCCCAGGAGCCAGGCGAGAAAGAGGCCACAGGCGUCGUUGGGUGUGUCGAAGAUCGACUCGCUCAACUGCAUCACCGAGCUAGAUCUCGCCCAGCCUCGCUUCGCCCGGGAGUGCAGCAAUGAGCCGGACGGCGGUGUCUGGCGCCACUUGCUCCAGAAGGAACUGCCGGUGCUUGAUCCAGAUCAUAUCUCCGUGCAGCUUCUGCGGGAGCUGGCGGGCGCACCACGGCUGAAGGCACCGGGCCUGCAAUUAGAGCACACUCAAAACGGUCUGUUCAACUCUUCAACACUGCAGAAGGAGUUGACAGCCGAGAUUGUGCCAGCGAUCAAAGUGCCACUGAAAUGA